ACCGCGGGGCGGGGCCCGGCCGGAGCCGCCGCCAUGCGCCUCCCGGUGCCGGCUUGCUGGGCGCUGCUCCUCGCCCUGGGGAUCUGCCGUGCGCACCGGGCGCGUCCCCGGAACGUGCUGCUGAUCCUCGCGGACGACGGAGGCUUUGAGAGUGGCGCCUACAACAACAGUGCCAUUGCCACCCCUCACCUGGAUGCCUUGGCCCGCCGCAGCCUCCUCUUCCGCAAUGCCUUCACCUCCGUCAGCAGCUGCUCUCCCAGCCGCGCCAGCCUCCUCACUGGCUUGCCUCAGCAUCAGAACGGAAUGUAUGGCCUGCACCAGGAUGUCCACCACUUCAGCUCAUUCGACCGGGUGCAGAGUCUGCCGCUGCUGCUGGGCCGAGCCGGCAUUCGCACAGGCAUCAUCGGGAAGAAGCACGUGGGGCCAGAGACGGUGUACCCGUUCGACUUUGCGUACACGGAGGAGAAUGGCUCUGUCCUCCAGGUGGGGCGGAAUAUCACUAGAAUUAAACUGCUGGUCCAGAAAUUCCUGCAGACUCAGGACGACAGGCCUUUCUUCCUCUACGUCGCCUUCCACGACCCCCACCGCUGUGGGCACUCGCAGCCACAGUAUGGGGCCUUCUGUGAGAAGUUUGGCAACGGGGAGAGCGGCAUGGGGCGGAUCCCAGACUGGACGCCCCAGAUCUACAACCCGCAGGAUGUGCAGGUGCCUUACUUCGUCCCUGACACCCCGGCAGCCCGAGCUGACCUGGCCGCUCAGUACACCACCAUCGGCCGCAUGGACCAAGGGAUUGGACUCGUGCUCCAGGAGCUGCGUGGAGCGGGCGUCCUGAAUGACACCCUGGUGAUCUUCACAUCCGACAACGGAGUCCCCUUCCCCAGCGGCAGGACCAACCUGUACUGGCCGGGCACGGCGGAGCCCUUGCUGGUGUCGUCCCCAGAGCACCCGCAGCGCUGGGGCCAGGCCAGUGAGGCCUACGUGAGCCUGCUAGACCUCACGCCCACCAUCUUGGAUUGGUUCUCCAUCCCCUACCCCAGCUAUGCCAUCUUCGGCUUGAAGACCGUCCAGCUCACUGGCCGGUCCCUGCUGCCAGCGCUGGAGGCAGAGCCCCUCUGGACCACGGUCUUUGGCAGCCAGAGCCACCAUGAGAUCACCAUGUCCUACCCCAUGCGCUCCGUGUACCACCAGAACUUCCACCUCGUGCACAACCUCCACUUCAAGAUGCCCUUUCCCGUCGACCAGGACUUCUACGUGUCGCCAACGUUCCAGGACCUCCUGAAUCGCAGCACGGCCGGCCGGCCCACGGGCUGGUACAAGGACCUGCACCGCUACUACUACCGGGAGCGCUGGGAGCUCUACGACAGGGGCCGGGACCCCCGCGAGACCCAGAACCUGGCCGCCGACCCGCGCUACGCCCAGGUUCUGGGACUGCUGCAGACCCAACUGGCCAAGUGGCAGUGGGAGACCCAUGACCCCUGGGUGUGUGCCCCCGACGGCGUGCUGGAGGAGAAGCUCUCCCCGCAGUGCCGGCCGCUCCACAACGAGCUGUGAGGCCCAGCCCGCCCCCACGGCCGGGGACCCGCUGUCCUGGGUCUGAGCCAUGUCCCGGCACAGGCAUCUCAGGGCGCACCCGGCUGGUGCAGGGUCCCCACCCCAUGACGAGGCGAGGGCGGUCUGGGGGCCUGCAGAAGAAGGGGCUUCAGAGCCUCUUGGUUCUUUGGAACCCACAGACGCUCCUGUGCCCUUCACCUAAGGGGAUGCAGGCUUCCGUGUGCCACAGGGGUGGAGGGUGGGUGCAGACCGUACUCACUGUGGGGACAGCGUCUGUCUGUCAGCCCUGGUCUGACAAGCCCGGGGCUUGUCUUUGUCCUUUGCCUUGCCCACAGCCCGGCCCCGCCCCUCGGGCUGGGCUCCCCGAGGCUGCUGAUUCUUGGUGGGCUCCCUGAGAGCUGAGUUCUAGCCUGGGGUCUGUAAUGGCCGAGCUUGUCCUUUUUGAGAGUCCAGGGAUGAAAACGCCCCAUCCUCUGGCUGGGCCAGUUCUGCUUGGAUGAACACAAGUCUGUGGCACAGACGUGGCUCACGGAAUGCUCUAGACCUGCCCUGCCUCCAUCCACCCGGGAGCAGAGGCUCUGCCAGGGAAAACCCAGAGAGGGGGCUUUCUCUCUUGAGUGGGUGGGCUCCCACCCCCAUCAACUCCAUCCUUGGAGGCAUGGGGAGGAAGCCGCAGGCCAGAGCAUUGUAAAAGCUUUCUAUUUUAAUAAAAUAUGCCAAAGUUCA